AUGGCAGAGGGCUACCAGGUCUUGGAGGAAUUGGGCAGCGGAAGCUUCGGAAAGGUGUACAAGGCCAUUGAGAAGGCCACGGGCGAGACAGUUGCCAUCAAGCUGAUCGACCUCGAAGAGAGCACCGAUGAGCUCGCCGACAUCCAAGCCGAGAUUAACCUGCUGGGCACCUGCAAGAGUCCCUACGUCACCGAGUACAAGACGAGCUUCGUACGAGGCGUAAAGCUAUGGAUCGUCAUGGAAUUCCUGGGCGGAGGCUCUGCAUUGGAUCUGAUGGCUCCCGGACCGUUCGGCGAAGCCCACAUCGCCAUCGUGUGCCGCGAACUCCUGCUCGGGCUCGUCUAUCUGCACGGCACCGGCAAGAUUCACCGAGACAUCAAGGCUGCCAACGUCUUGCUCACAGACAUGGGCAAGGUCAAAUUGGCAGACUUCGGCGUUGCUGCGCAGUUGACCAAUCUGAAGUCACAGCGUAUGACAUUCGUCGGGACACCAUAUUGGAUGGCACCAGAGGUGAUACAAGAAGAAGGCUAUGACUUCAAGGCGGAUAUCUGGUCGCUGGGUAUCACUGCCAUUGAGCUAGCCAUGGGACAACCGCCACACUCUGGCUCACACCCCAUGAAGAUAUUGUUCACCAUCCCGAAGAACCCCGCGCCGCGACUCGAGGGCAAUCAGUGGACAAAGGAGUUCAAGGACUUCGUGUCAAAGUGCCUAGUCAAAGAUCCCGAUCUCCGAGCCAGCGCAAAGGAGCUACUCGAGCACAAGUUCAUCCGGAAGGCCGGCAACAUCCAAGCCAUGCGAGAGUUGAUCGAGCGCAAGCAGAUGUACCACGCUAAGCAGGAGACUACCAAGCACGUAAAGUACUACGAAGAGACCAUGGUCGAUCUCUCCCCGAAGGAUGAGGAAGAUGAGUGGAACUUUACGGUCCAACACCCCAAGACCGUCAGGAUCAGUGCUACGCCCCACACGGCGAGGCGUCGCAAGCCAACGCGUAUGCCUUCUGGCGAGAUGAACGCAUGUGCUGCUACAAUGCAGCGUAUGGACCUGAACGCAGCACCAUUAGGCAACAUCACAGACUCACCGCUACCUGAACGUCGUCGGCCGUCGUCUCGCAUGUCGUCUACGGGUACAGCAUUCCGCGUGCCUUCGGGGCAAACGCCAACAACUCGACGCAUUGCAAAUGUUCCUAAACAGCCUUUGGGCGUCGACCUUAGUUUCGGCAACUCGCCGUCCACGGUCAGACACUUCAAACGUGUCUCAUCAGGCGAGAGGCGGGCAGCACUUGCAUCCAACCCGAUCGACACUGCAAACUCCUUCCAUCCCAACCCGCAUGCGAAAACCUUCCGCCCUUCGCCACCCAAUUCGGCGCACCCCUUGGACAUCCACGACGAGAACACGCCUCCGCCUACAGACUACCAACCUGUAGCCAUCACCAAGGAUGCUCUCUACGGCCGACGCGCCUACGGCAAGGCUCUCGACUCUGUCUUCGAGGAAGCCCAUGCAGAUUCCGCAUCGCCUCAGCAGCGCGAAGCCAUCAGUCGAGUGCACCAGGCGUGGGCUCAUCUUGACCAGGUCGACCCUGAAGGAGAGUUCUUGCUUUUGAAGGCCAUGGUCGACCGAUUGCAAGGAGAUUCAAAGCUCGCUUCUGCGCUCGGAAUCGCUAUGUCGCCUGCACCAACCCCCGGAACCAAGCAGCACAACACGAAGUCCAGCGAAUCCAGCUUGGCUGGGACGACAGUUCACGGCAACGGAACGACUCGCAUCCGCGCCAAUACGUCGUCCACAGUGUUCACCAAACCAUCGCCCGUCACCGACUACGCCUCUCCCAUACAGGCUCAAACUCCGUUUCUGUCUCCCGUAGGCACGCCCACAAGCACGAGCUCCGGCUCCCCAGUGAAGGGCCCAAAACUCGUUCUCGCGCAGAACAACCCGCAUCUCAAGUCUCACCGUCGCCGACAGAGCGCAUUUGUGGGCGGCGAGAAGCUGUUUGGGCUUGAUGGCGAUGAGCUGAGCGAGAAAAAGCUGCCAGGCCAUGUGGAGCCGGGCAUGGAGCAGCAGGGCUUGCUCGCUGAUAUUCUCUACGGGCAGUGGAUGCAAGGCCUGAAGAGUCGAUGGCCGCUGGCGUAA